AUGGCCAAUUCUUCAUCGCCAGCCACCAGCGUUUCUACAGAAGACGGGCUGCACACACCACGCCCGCUAAUCCCUGGCGUCUAUGUCCCAACAAUGUGUUUCUUCGAUCCGGAUACGGAAGAUGUAGACACCACUGCGAUUGCCGCCCAUGCUGUACGACUGGCUCAGGCUGGUGUAACAGGCAUUGCUACGCAGGGAUCCAACGGAGAGGCCGUUCAUCUCAGUCACUCGGAGCGGCAGCUGGUCACCGCCACUACGAGAGCCGCCCUGAAUGACGGCGGCUUCUUACAUGUGCCCAUCAUCGUGGGAUGUGGUAGCCAGAGCACGCGCGAGACCAUCCAAUAUUGCCGUGAGGCUUGGGAGGCUGGCGGCGACUAUGCGCUGGUGUUACCUCCGUCAUACUAUGCCACGUUAUUUGGCCCGGCAUCAGGAACCAUCCUGGAGUAUUUCACAAGGGUGGCAGACAAAUCUCCCAUCCCUAUAAUCAUAUACAACUUCCCUGGUGCUGUGAAUGGCAUGGAUAUGUCAUCAGAUACCAUCGUCACACUUGCACACCAUCCCAAUAUCAUAGGCGUCAAGUUAACGUGCGGCAACACGGGGAAGCUGAACAGAGUGGCGGCAGAAACUCGCAAACUAUCAAAGCACAAUCACAAGCAACCCGAAUUCCUCGUUCUGGCAGGAUCUGCUGACUUCCUGAUUCCUUCUCUGGCUGGCGGUGGUCACGGUAUUCUAGCGGGCUUGGCCAACAUUGCUCCGAGGACAUGCAUCAAGACAAUGGAACUUUACAUGGAAGGACGUGUUUCCGAAGCACAAAAGAUGCAGGAAGUUGUCUCACAGGGCGACUGGACGGCGAUCCAGGGCGGUGUGGUUGGUGUAAAGGCUGGACUGCAAGCGUGGAUGGGUUACGGAGGCUUUGCAAGAAGUCCGCUGCCGAGGCCGGAUAUGGAGCAGACAAGACGGUGGAAGGAAGGCUUUCGAGACCUUGUGAUGUUGGAGCAAUCACAUUUAUUGUGA